AGCAAUGAUGUCAACGCGUGUCGACCGGCAUUCUUGGAUCGAAAUUCACAUAUUACAACAUGUCCGUUCUUCGGGCCUCGGUGUUAUCUGUUCUCCCUUCUCUAAAUCUUCCUCUUCCUUAACCUGGUCUCUAUGAGUGGCGAACAUCAACAUUGGAUUUAUGUCUGGAUACCUAUUCUUGGGGGUUUCAUGUGGUUCUCUACCUUACUAUCCAUGCUGAUAACAUGGCUGGCUACUGGACGACCACAUUAUGUGUCCAUGGACGGCUCCAUCGCGUACAUAUCUGAUAUUGGCGCCGAUAUUCUCAAGCCGCUCUUUAUAGUUGGUUGUUCCAUAACCGCUGUGUGCUUCUUCCUGUCCUUAUGUGUCGAGCGGGGCUUAAGACAUGUUGGCCGCUUAGUGCCUCACAUGCGCACUAGGGAACGAGAUUUUGGAUAUCUGUCGAUCUUUGGUUCAUUCAUUGGGGGAUGUGGGAUCAUUCUACUAUCUAUCUUCGACACAAAGCGCUACACGUCUCUUCAUCGAGUGUUUUUGCUCGUGUUCAUGCUCGGCGUUGCCAUUAGUGCUGUUUUUACUGUAAUUGAGUUCCGAUGGCUCAGCAGAGACUUCCAACAUGUCAGGACAUUGAAAAUAGCAUAUCUCGCCAAAGCUAUCAUAGCCACCCUCCUUAUUCUCUUGGCCUUUGCAUUCGGAGUUGCACUGUACCAAAGUACUAAUGUCGGAGGUUUGUUCUCGCCCACUACACAUGUUUCUUUGGUCGGUCGCUUAUAUUCAUUAGCCGUCCUUGAAUGGACCAUCUCUUUCGGUUUCACUCUCUAUCUUCUAACGUUCUUCUUUGACUUGAGGCAGUCAAAAGGAAUGCAGCGCGGACAACUUAGUGCCGAGAAAUUUACGACGCGCAAUAAUGAUAGAUUAACUACUACACAAGUGGACAGCGCAUAAUAUUUAACUCAUCGUAACCUCAGUCAUCACACACUACUUAUACUACAAACUGUGGACCUAGUAUUCAGUACGUCGAGCCUUGCUGUUAC